AUUUCGUCAGACAUUAGAUUGAGCAACUUCCCCCAAGCGCAUCACGUCGGAUGUCUGGGUCGGCCGCAUUAGACGCGCUCGAGCGCGAGUACGAAGCAGUGGUGCGCCAGAAACCCAUUUCCUCCGUCAAUUUGGAUUUUAUUCCUGCUCGACCAAAACCUUCGACGGAUGGCAAUGAUGUCGACGAUGCUGUGAUGGAGUUUGACGACUUGCAAUCGAUUUGCUCCUAUGCCGCCACGUGUGACGAUGACCUUGAGCGCGAGCGAGAGAAUUCUGACGACGAAGACGAGCAAGAUUAUGAGUACGAACCCUUGCGAGAAGAAGAGUGGGAAGACACCGAUGGUGUUGAGGAAAAGUCAUCCAGUGCCAACGUGACAUUAUCGCCUCCUGUCAACCCUGUAAACUUUAGCGAAAACGACAAAGAAGCGAUCAAGAAGGCGAUGCAGCAGAUUUCGUUGCCUCCUCCAUCGUGGGGUGGUCAAUUGACGGACACUCAACUGGUUGACCUCGUCAAGGAGGCCGUUCAUCUGAAUGACGCCGUGAUGGAACCAUAAGAAGUAUAUGCGACAUUUCCACCUUAUCCUGUGCUUUCCUCGAUGCAAAUGCUUCGCGGAGGUGG